UGACCUGCCCGAGCUGCCGCGCGGCCGCGGGGGCCUCCAGGGCUGCAGCAGCGCCGGCCCUUGGGCGGGGGGGGUCCACGGAGAGGGGGGGAGGGCCGAGCAUCCCAGCCGGGGAUGCGCACCUGCCGCGCGGGGCCGGGGCCGCGGGCAGCAGCCGAGCGAGCGGCCGGACCCUCCCGGGGCCGGGGCCGGGCCGCGGGUUCGAGGCCGGCGAGCGGCCGCGGGGGUCGCUGAGCGCGGGCAGCGCGGGCGUGUCUCUUCCGGGGCGCGGAUCGGGGGGCGCCCCGCACCCCGCACGGCCAGCGCGGGGGCGGGGGGCGUUUGCACUUGACAGCCCCCCACCACCACCCCCCCACCACCACCCCCACAGCCCCGCUUCGGGGAUGGCGCUUGGACCCGGGAUCGCUGCUGCCCGGCGCGCAGGCCGCAGGCGGGGGCUCUGACAGCAGCGGCGAAUUCGGACCCGAGACCCCCCCCCCCCCCCCGCCACCAACCACCACCACCACCACCCCCGGGACCGCCGCGCCUGGGCCCGCCCGGGAAGGCGCCCGCGCAGACCAUGGUGUGAAACUUUGCAAAGCUGCCGUUGGAAAUGGUGCACCCCCCCGUCUCCAGGACCGGCCACCCGGGCGCUGGCCAGGCGGGCAGCAGCUGAUCGCGCCUGGAGGACUCCCCUGAGAGGACCGCAGGUGCAGUUGCAGGAGAAUGAGGACCCCCGCCCGCCGGGCUCGGCAGCAUGAGGACCCCGGGCGGCGGCGCGCGGCCUAGGGCGCGGGGGGCGGCCCCGUGGGCCCCGCUGCUGGCGCUGGGCCUGCCUGGGUGGGCGCUGGCGGCCGCGGCCUCGGCGCUGCUCCCCGACCCUGCGGGCCCCGCCGCGCCUGCGCCCCUCGACUGGCUGCUGGCCGACCGCGGCCCCUUCCACCGCGCGCAGGACUACAGCGACUUCCGCGAGCGCCACCGCCAGGGCUUCACCACUCGCUACCGCAUCUACAGGGAGUUCGCCCGCUGGAAGGUGAGCAGCCUGGCGCUGGAGAGGAAGGACUUCUUCAGCCUGCCCCUGCCGCUGGCCCCCGAGUUCGCCCGCAACAUCCGCCUCCUGGGCCGGCGGCCCAACCUGCAGCAGGUGAUCGAGACCCUCAUCAAGAAGUACGGCACCCACUUCCUGCUCUCGGCCACCCUCGGCGGGGAGGAGUCCCUGACAAUCUUCGUGGACAAGCGGAAGCUGAGUCGGAAGGCCGAGACGCCAGGCAGUGGCCCGGGCGCCGCCGGGGGCAGCGCCAACAGCUCGGCCGUGUCCCUGGAGACACUGCACCAGCUGGCGGCCUCCUACUUCAUCGACAGGGAGAGCACCCUGCGGCGACUCCACCACAUCCAGAUAGCCACGGGCGCCAUCAAGGUCACCGAGACCAGGACGGGGCCCCUGGGCUGCAGCAAUUAUGACAACCUGGACUCCGUCAGCUCCGUUCUGGUGCAGAGCCCAGAGAACAAGGUGCAGCUUCUUGGCCUGCAGGCGCUGCUGCCCGAGUACCUGCGGGAGCGCUUCGUGGCGGCGGCGCUGAGCUACAUCACGUGCAGCUCCGAGGGCGAGCUGGUGUGCCGCGACCACGACUGCUGGUGCCGCUGCGCCUCCGGCUUCCCCGACUGCAACUGCCCCGACGCUGACGUGCGCGCCAUGGAGGCCAGCCUGGGGCAAGUGCAGGCCGCCUGGGCCGCCCACAGCCGCCAGUUCGAGGAGUCGGAGGAGUUCCAGGCGCUGCUGAAGAGGCUCCCUGAUGACAGGUUCCUCAACUCCUCGGCCAUCUCCCAGUUCUGGGCCGGCGACAGCGACCUCCAGGACCGCUUCGAGCAGCUGGGCGCCAGCCUGAAGGCGCUGCUGGCCAAGACGCACCGCAUCGUCCGCCGCCUCUUCAACCUCUGCAAACGGUGCCACCGGCAGCCUCGCUUCCGCCUGCCCAAGGAGAGGUCGCUGGCGUCCUGGUGGAACCGCGUCCAGUCGCUGCUGUACUGCGGCGAGGGCGCGGCGGCGGCGGGCACGUUCCUGGAGCAGAGCCGCAGCUGCAGCUGCCCCGCCGAGGCGCCCGCGUGCCAGGGCCCUGUGCCGUGCGCGUGGGGCGAGGGCGCGGCGUGCGCGCACUGCGCAGCCGACAACAGCUCGCGCUGCGGCGGCUGCAACGCGGGCUACGCGCUGGCGCAGGGCGGCGUGUGCCGGCCCGACGUGGCCGAGCCGCCCGAGCACUUCCUGGGGCUGGAGACGGACCUGCAGGACCUGGAGCUGCGCUACCUGCUGCAGCGGCGCGACAGCCGCCUGGAGGUGCACUCCAUCUUCAUCAGCAACGACCUGCGCCUGGGCAGCUGGUUCGACCCGUCGUGGCGCAAGCGCAUGCUGGUGACGCUCAAGAGCAACAAGUACAAGCCGGGGCUGGUGCACGUCAUGCUGGCGCUGUCGCUGCAGAUCUGCCUGACGCGCAACAGCACGUUGGAGCCCGCCAUGGCCGUGUACGUGAACCCGUUCGGGGGCAGCCACUCGGAGAGCUGGUUCGUGCCCGUCAGCGAGGGCGCCUUCCCAGCCUGGGAGCGCACGGCCGUGGACGCGGCGGCGGCCGCGCAGUGCCAGAACUGGACGCUGACGCUGGGCAACCGCUGGAAGACGUUCUUCGAGACGGUGCACGUGUACCUGCGCAGCCGCGUUCGCGGCGCCGAGGGCAGUGCCAACGAGACGGUGUACUACGAACCGCUGGAGGUGGGCGACCCGGCGCAGAACCUGGGCUACAUGCGCAUCGACGCGCUGCAGGUGUUCGGCUACAGCCUGCCCUUCGACCCCGAGGCCAUCCGCGACCUCAUCCUGCAGCUGGACUACCCCUACACGCACGGCUCGCAGGACUCGGCCCUGCUGCAGCUGUUGGAGCUGCGCGACCGCGUCAACCAGCUGUCGCCGCCCGGCAAGGUGAGGCUGGAUCUCUUCUCGUGCCUGCUGCGCCACCGCCUCAAGCUGGCCACCAACGAGGUGGGCCGCAUCCAGGCGUCCCUGCGCGCCUUCAACGCCCGGCUCCCCAACCCCGUGGAGUACGAGACGGGCAAGCUGUGCAGCUAAGGGGGGGCGCCCGGCCCAGGCUCUCACUCCCUUCCCCCGUCCCCCGGGUGCACAACAGGUGGGGGUGGUGGUGCCUUCCUUGGAGGGGGAACCCAAUGCGGGUGUAUUAGCAAUUCUGCAAAAAAAAAGAAAAGAAAAGAAAAAAAAAAGAACCAGCCAAAACCGCCACAGGACACUUGACAUUCGCAUCAUUCCAGAAUGCAGGGGAGGGGAGGGGAGGGUUCUGCGCCCCUUCCCACACCCCCACCCGACCCGCAAGGCCCACCCCCCCCCCCCGACCGGAGUCACUUUUGUAUUCUUUUUAACCAGAUUUCUUAACAGGGCCACUUGGGUUCUUACUGGGUGCCCCCCCCCCCUGCGCCAGCCACCCCUACCAAGAGACACCCCCUCCCCUCCCCCCCAUACAGCAGAGCACGUGGAUGGGCUUCACCCCUGUUUCCAGGGCCUUGCCAUUAUCAGGGGGCCAGGCACCCCCCCCACCCCGCCCUUUCCCCAGCACCCCGCACCGCGGCCUGUCCACGGAAGAUGCUCUUAUCAAGCAAGUGACGAUACAGGGAGAUGCUCUUUUUAAAAAAAAAAAAAAAGAAAGAAAGAAAAACACCCCAACUAUUUAUUUUGUGAUUGUCUUCCUUGACCGAUCUGUUGCUGCCCCGAAAACACGAGUAAAACUUGACCUGGUUUCAUAUAUAUUUUUACAAAGCCUUUUGAAAACAGGAGGGGGGGGAGUCUUUGAGAAAAAGAGAAGAAAAGAAUAUCCGUGCUCAAGGUUGCCUGGA